AUGUCAACCAAAGAAGCCGCUAGACAAAGAUUCCUCAAUGUCUUUGAAGAGAUUGUUGAAGAGUUAACUCAAAUUCUUAUAAACUAUAAAAUGCCACAAGAAGCAAUAGAAUGGUUUCAAAAUAAUUUAAAUUAUAAUACACCAGGUGGAAAAUUAAAUAGAGGAUUAUCAGUUAUAGAUACUUAUGCAAUUUUGAAUAAUACAACAUCAGAUAAAUUAAAUGAUGAAGAUUAUAAAAAAGUAGCCAUAUUAGGUUGGGCAAUUGAAUUAUUACAAGCUUAUUUUUUAGUAGCUGAUGAUAUGAUGGAUCAAUCAAAAACAAGAAGAGGUCAACCAUGUUGGUAUUUAAAAGAAGGAGUUGGAAAUAUAGCUAUAAAUGAUUCAUUUAUGUUAGAUGGAGCCAUAUAUGAAAUAUUAAGAAAAUAUUUUAGAAAAGAUAGUUAUUAUGUUGAUUUAUUAGAUUUGUUUCAUGAAGUUACUUUUCAAACUGAACUAGGUCAAUUAUUAGAUUUAGUUACAGCAGAUGAAGAACAUGUUGAUUUAAGUAAAUUUUCAUUACAAAAACAUUCAUUUAUAGUUAUUUUUAAAACUGCUUAUUAUUCGUUUUAUUUACCUGUUGCAUUAGCAAUGUAUAUGAGUGGAAUAACAUCACAAGAAGAUUUAAAACAAGUUAAAGAUAUUUUAAUUCCAUUAGGUGAAUAUUUCCAAAUCCAAGAUGAUUAUUUAGAUUGUUUUGGAACUCCAGAACAAAUUGGUAAAAUAGGUACUGAUAUAAAAGAUAAUAAAUGUUCAUGGGUUAUAAAUCAAGCAUUAUUAAUCGCAACUCCAGAACAAAGAAAAAUUUUAGAUGAAAAUUAUGGACAAAAAUCAGAUGAAAAAGAAGCUAUAUGUAAAAAAUUAUUUAAUGAAAUGGGAAUUGAAAAAAUUUAUAACGAUUAUGAAGAAUCAAUUGUAUCAAAAUUAAAAAAACAAAUUGAUCAAAUUGAUGAAAGUAGAGGUUUGAAAAAAGAUGUUUUAACUACUUUCUUAGGUAAAGUUUAUAAAAGAUCAAAAUAA